GCUUCCCCUGGUGCAAAUCCCCCGCAAAGACACCGAAGCGGCAGCUGAAGUUGCCGGGGCGCAGGGCUCCGGAGGCAUUGGCUCAGGAACUUUUCACGUCAUUCCCGGCUCCAGAGCCCCUUAGUCGCGGCGGCGCAGCCUUUCCCACCGCGGAUCCCCGGUGCUCAUGGGGCAGGCGGAGACAAGCUUGCAGCACUGAACGGAACCGGACCAGUCCGUGAUGUCCAGCACCAAAUUGGAGGAUUCCCUCCCUCGUCGCAACUGGUCAUCUGCCUCAGAGCUGAAUGAAACUCAAGAGCCGUUUUUAAACCCCACGGACUAUGACGACGAGGAAUUCCUGCGGUACCUGUGGAGGGAGUACCUACACCCGAAAGAAUAUGAGUGGGUCCUGAUUGCGGGCUACAUCAUCGUGUUCGUUGUGGCUCUCAUCGGGAACGUCCUGGUCUGUGUGGCAGUCUGGAAGAACCACCACAUGAGGACAGUCACCAACUACUUCAUAGUCAACCUUUCCCUGGCAGAUGUGCUUGUGACCAUCACCUGCCUUCCAGCCACCCUGGUUGUUGACAUCACUGAGACCUGGUUCUUUGGACAGUCCCUCUGUAAGGUCAUUCCUUAUUUACAGACUGUGUCAGUGUCUGUGUCUGUUCUUACGUUGAGCUGCAUUGCCUUGGACCGAUGGUAUGCCAUUUGUCACCCUCUGAUGUUCAAGAGCACGGCCAAACGGGCUAGAAACAGCAUCGUCAUCAUCUGGAUUGUCUCCUGCAUCAUAAUGAUUCCUCAAGCCAUUGUCAUGGAGUGCAGCAGCAUGCUCCCUGGCUUAGCCAAUAAAACCACCCUCUUUACAGUAUGUGAUGAGCACUGGGGCGGUGAAGUUUACCCGAAGAUGUACCACAUCUGCUUCUUUCUGGUGACAUACAUGGCACCUCUGUGUCUUAUGGUGUUGGCUUAUCUGCAAAUAUUCCGUAAACUCUGGUGCCGACAGAUUCCAGGAACUUCUUCUGUGGUUCAGAGAAAAUGGAAGCAGCCGCAGCAGCCGGUUACUCAGCCCCGAGGGUCGGGACAGCAAAGCAAGGCCCGGAUUAGCGCUGUGGCUGCUGAGAUAAAGCAGAUCCGAGCCCGAAGGAAAACAGCCCGGAUGCUGAUGGUGGUGCUUCUGGUCUUUGCAAUUUGCUAUCUCCCAAUCAGCAUCCUCAAUGUGCUAAAGAGAGUGUUUGGGAUGUUCACACACACCGAAGACAGAGAGACUGUCUAUGCUUGGUUCACGUUUUCUCACUGGCUUGUAUAUGCUAACAGUGCUGCAAACCCAAUCAUUUACAACUUUCUCAGCGGAAAAUUUCGAGAGGAAUUUAAAGCUGCCUUUUCUUGCUGUCUUGGGGGUCAUCGCCAAGGAGAUCGUCUCACCAGGGGACGCACCAGCACAGAGAGCAGGAAGUCCCUGACCACGCAGAUCAGCAACUUUGAUAAUGUAUCAAAACUCUCAGAGCACGUGGUGCUCACCAGCAUAAGCACACUCCCAGCAGCCAACGGGGCAGGACCGCUUCAAAACUGGUAUCUACAACAGGGAGUUCCAUCUUCAGUCCUGUCCACCUGGCUGGAGGUCUGAAAGAAGAGGCUGAGCGCCCAUGUGUCCCUGUGGAAUCUCACCCAUGUCAUCUCAAAGAGAUAAUGGUUUACAAAACAGUUGCCACUGUGUUCUUAGUGGGAUGUUACGGAAGAAGAAGCUCGAAGCACUUAAGCGCUUUAUACGUGACCUGGAUGACUUGAGUUUUUAUUCAAACUUCCCAUUACUGAGUUCUAUUUAGUAUAGUUUAUGUUUUGGGGAAGCAGCUCAUUUCCAAGAACGACCAUUGCCUGGAAGAAAACUGAUGAAUAAAAUGGAUACAUGAACGAAUGAGACUCGGGGAAUGGAAUCAUGAGGCAUGUAUAUACUUCUCACCGUUAGGACCCAUGAAUCCUGAGAGGUUUCG